GAAACACCCCGCUCAUUCGGCGUGAAGAAACGAGACUUCCGGUUAACCUGAAAUAGGAACUCAACGCAAAGAAAUCGUACAAUUUGGAAAGAGAAUUGUUACUUAUUAUGCCGAAAAGACGGGAUGAUUCAGAAAGUGACAAUUCCUCAGAUGAGGAAACUAAGAAAGCCAAAUCUGCUGCAUCUGCAACAGAAGAUAGUUCUGAUGACUCCGAAUCUGGUUCCAACAGCAGCUCCUCUGACUCUGAUGAAGAAUCCAGCACAGAUUCCUCUCCUCGGGUUAAAGCCUCUAAAAACAGAGAUGUUAGAGCAGAAUUUCCUGAAAGGAAGAAAUCCCAAAAAAGUUCUGAUGAUAGCCAUGCUGAAAAUAGCUCUAGAAGAUCUACAGGCUCCCACGAUCGUCAAAAUAGAUCGAGCAGAAAUAUGAGUGACAGGUCUGUAAGUAGCAGAAGUCCAGAUCCAAGCAGAAGGCAAAAAAAUGUCUCUCGAAGUCCAGCUGCUUCUCAGGAAAGACUCUCUGACAGGUCAUCCUCAGAUCGUAGACCUGACAGACCAUCCUCUGAUCGUAGGCCCGAUCGAUCAUCCUCAGAUCGUAGAUCUGACAGACCAUCCUCAGACCGAAGACCAGACAGACCGUCCUCAGACCACAGAUCUGAUAGACCGUCCUCAGAUCGCAGACCUGACAGACCAUCCUCAGACCGCAGACCUGAAAGAGAUAGACAAGGGUAUAGAGAAGAGAAAAUGCCAAGUCCAGUCUCUGAUUUACGUCCAAGGACAAGUAAAAGGGAAGAGAACAGAAGUCCAGGUUCGGAUGGACAAAAGAGGGACCUUUCACCAUGUCAGUCAAGGGAGAAACUGUCUGAAAGAUCAAGGUCAAAGAUAGGAGAUAAUUUGGAGAGUCCAAGGAGUAGUCGUCAGCGGAGCAGUGUUUCACCCAAACCAAGAAAAUCUCCAAGGAAAUCUCCUCAGAGGUCAUCCCAUUCAGAGCAGAAGCCUGAUCGAGGUAGAAGACAUGAUGGUUCCAGUGAUGACAGAUCCAGUCCAAGAGCAGAGCGUGAACAGCAUAAAUCCACAAAGUCAAAGGAAUCUUUGGAAAAAAACAGGGGUUCCCAUUCUCGCAAGAAACGACAUCACAGUAGUUCUAGUGAGGAGGAGAAAAGCACGAGUGAAGGAAAGAAGCAUCCUGAAGAGAAGGGCAAACGGGUUAAGCGACCAAGGGAAGACAGUAAAGAGAAGAGGGGUAAGGAGGAGUCUGAUUCAUCUUCAUCCUCCUCUUCCUCUGAUGACUCUGAUUCCAGUAGCAGUGAUGAGUCAGGGAAGGAUAGCUCCCCCAGCAAGACUCGCCCUCACGAGAGUGACCGAGAGAGUGGCGAAGUCCGCACAACGGAUGAGGAAAGUGAUGUAGGAAAGAGUGGCAAGAGAUCCAAGACGUCUGUGCAGAAAUCAGAUGGUAAUGAAAAGGAUGAGGAGAGAGUGACCUUGGUGCAGCUCGAGGAUGACAAUGAUGAUGAGUUUGAGAGGGAGGAAGAAGCUCAGCGCCGGGAGGAAGAGGAGAGAAGAAAGGAGAAGGAGAGAAGAGAGCGGGAAAAGGCUGAAGCCAGGGAAAAGAAGGAGAAAGAGAAGAAGGAGCUGGUGGCAAGGGAGAGGAAGGAACAGGAAGAAAGAGAUGAGGAGAAGAAAAGGAAGGAACAGGCAGAGGAAGAACCUCGGAAGAGAAAACAAAGAGAUGAAGACAGUGAUGAAGGGAGUAGGGAAAAGGAACGAAGGUCAGAGAAGAAGAGGAGCAAAGAUGAGAAAGACAGGAGUCAGAGGAAGAGUGAGAAGAGUUUGGAUAAUAGAAAUGGCAGUUCAGAGCGAGAAAGACGAGGGGAGAGGAAUCGUGAUAGGAGUCGGAGUACUGAGAAAGAAAGAGUGGAGAAGAUGAAAAAUGACAGAAGUGUAAGCAGGGAGAAGGAAAGGAGAGAAGAGAAGACCAGAACUUCUAGAAGCAGAAGUAAUGAGAAAGAAACAAGAGCAGAGAAAAAGAGGAAUGACAAAGAGAUUGAAAGAAAAGUUGAGAAAACUGGAGGAGACAUAAGAGGAAGCCCUGACAGGGAAAGAAAAUCUGAAAAAUCUACAGAUGACAAGCGCAACAGCAAAGAGAGGGAAAGAAAAGUGGAGAAAAGAAAAGGUGAUAGAAGUGGGAGCAGUGAGAUUGAAAGAAGAGAGGAGAAAAGAAGAGGAGAUAGAAGUGGGAGCAGUGAGAUAGAAAGAAAAGAAGAGACAAGAGGAGAUGGAAGUGGGAGCAGUGAGAUAGAAAGAAAAGUGGAGAAAAGAAGAGGAGAUAGAAGUGGGAGCAGUGAGAUAGAAAGAAGAGAGGAGAAAAGAGGAGAUGGAAAUGGAAGCAGUGAGAUAGAAAGAAGAGAGGAGAAAAGAGAUGGAAAUGGAAGCAGUGAGAUAGAAAGAAGAGAGGAGAAAAGAAAAGGUGGUAAAGGUGGCAGCAGUGAGAUAGAAAGAAGAGAGGAGAAAAGAAGAGACAGAAGUCGGAGCAGUGAGAUAGAAAGAAAAGUGGAGAAAGGAACGGUUGAAAAGGAGUCUGAUGAAAGCAGAACCCAUCAUGACAGGGCAGACCGAAGAGAAGACAGAGAGAAGAGACAGGAAGAUAAGAGGGAGAGAGAGAAAGAGGAAGAAAUGAGUGAGAGUUCAGAUGAUAGUUCUGAUAGUUCCAGCAGUGACAGCAGCGACAGCGAUGACAGUGAGGAAGAUAUGCCAAAGAGAAGGAGUGAAAUUGCUGUUAGGGCUGUUAACAGGGACAAAAGUCGAGAUGAAGAUAGAAGAAUGGAACAACAGAAGACUGAAUCCGAGGACGAAGAAAGAGAAUCUGAGAGGAGGGACAAACAUCGGAGGAGACAGGACAGAAGUGAGCGUGACAGAAGGCCUGACCGAAACGAGAAUGGGGAUAUGAGACGUGGUGGCAGUCGCGAGAAUGACAGAAGGAAUGAGAGAAAAUAUGAUAGGGGAGAGAGAGAUGGUAGUGGGGACAGGGAUCGGAGAGAUCAAAGAGGUGGGAAGAUGAGGAGAGAUGACAGGCGAGAUGGUAGGUGGAAUGACAGAAGAGAUGACCGUGGCUGGAGGAACGAAGAAAGGGAUGAACGACAGAUGGACAGACGGAGGGGCGAUGGAGAGGUGGAUCGUUGGAGAAGGAACGACCGUGAUGGGGAUCGAUGGAAUGAUGAUCGAGGUGAUAGACGAGGGAUGAACGACAGAAGAAUGGAGAGGAGGGAUAGAAAUGGCGAGGAUAAAGAAAACGAUAGCGACUCUCGCAAGAGGAGAGUGGGGGAAGCAGACCCCAUGGCCGCUGGUGGCGGUGAUGGGGAGCCAGUCGCUAAGAAGGCCAAGGCUGCUGCUACCGGCAAGGCUGUGUUGACAGGGAGAACAGGCGGUGCCUACAUCCCACCUGCCAAACUACGCAUGAUGCAAGCACAGAUAACCGACAAGAGCAGUGUGGAGUACCAGCGUAUAUCCUGGGAGGCUCUGAAGAAGAGUAUCAACGGUCUCAUCAACAAAGUCAACGUCUCAAACAUCAUCUUGAUCGUCAAGGAGCUGUUUCAGGAGAAUAUUGUCAGAGGAAGAGGUCUCCUGGCCAGAUCAGUCAUUCAAGCACAGACCCUGUCGCCAACCUUCACCCAUGUCUACGCUGCUCUAGUUGCCAUCAUCAACACUAAAUUUCCUCAAAAUGGUGAGCUGAUUCUGCGCAGGCUGAUUCUGCUGUUUAAGAAGGGAUUCCGGAGAAAUGACAAGACUGUGUGCCUGUCUUCUACACGCUUCAUAGCUCACCUGGUCAAUCAGCAAGUGGCCCAUGAAGUGAUAGCCCUGGAGAUCCUCACCCUGCUCAUGGAGAACCCGACAGACGACUCUGUGGAAGUGGCCAUUGGCUUCCUCAAAGAAUGUGGACAGAAGCUGACGGAGGUCUCUCCCCGAGGAAUCAAUGCAAUAUUUGAGCGCCUGCGUAACAUUUUGCACGAAGGCAUGAUUGACACUCGGGUCCAGUACAUGGUGGAGGUCAUGUUUGCCAUCAGGAAAGAUGGCUUCAAGGAUCAUGUUGCUGUGGUGGAUGACCUUGACCUUGUGGAGGAGGUGGAUCAGUUCACACAUCUCAUCACCCUGGAAGAUGCUGUCCAGUCAGAGGACCUCCUGAAUGUGUUCCGAGCCGAUCCAGACUAUUUGGAAAAUGAAGACAAGUACAAAUCUCUCAAGAGAGAGAUCCUUGAAGAGUGCAGCUCCGACGAAGGGGAGAGUGGAUCUGGGUCCAGCAGUGAGGAAGACAGUGAUGAAGAUGAGGAAGAUGAGGAAGCCAAACAGAUAAUCAUUGACAACACUGAGACCAACCUGGUGGCCUUGCGCCGGACAAUCUACCUGACCAUCCAGUCAAGUCUGGACUUCGAGGAGUGUGCCCACAAGUUGCUCCGCAUGGAGAUGAAGCCAGGACAAGAAGUGGAACUGUGCAACAUGAUUCUUGAUUGCUGCGCCCAGCUGAGAACAUAUGAAAAGUUCUUUGGUCUGCUAGCACAGCGUUUCUGUCAACUGGACAAGAAGUAUGUUGAGCCAUUCCAGACUACGUUUAUAGAACAGUACGAGACCAUUCACCGGCUGGAGACAAACAAACUGAGGAAUGUUGCCAAAUUCUUUGGCCAUCUUCUAUACAGUGACGCCAUCAGCUGGGGGGUGUUGGUGUGUGUGAAGCUGAAUGAGGACGACACGACAUCAGCCAGCAGGAUCUUCAUCAAGAUCUUGUUCCAGGAAUUAUCGGAAUACAUGGGCUUGCCAAGGCUCAAUGAUCGUCUGAAAGACGUAACACUUCAAGAAUAUUUCGAAGGAAUCAUGCCGCGGGAUAAUCCCAAGAACACGCGUUUUGCUAUAAACUUUUUUACAACAAUCGGUCUUGGAGGACUAACGGAUGACCUUCGUGACCACCUGAAGACAAUGACCAAACAGCUGAUGCAGCAGCAACAGCAACAGCAGCAGGAGGCAGAGUCGUCAUCUGACUCAUCAGAUAGUGAUAGUUCUGACAGUGACAGCUCCUCUUCCAGCAACAGCUCUGACUCAGACUCCGAGAGCAGCUCGUCUGAGUCAGAGCCAGAGACAAAGAGGAAGAAGAAGAGCAAACCAGCAGCCAAGGCCAAGCGCAGCAGCAAAGAGGAAAACUCCGACCAAGACAACGGAAGACACAGACAAGAAUAUGCCAAUGGAGACUACAGUCGUUCCAGCAAUAGAGAGAACAGGAAGAAGAAAAGGAAGAAUGAAGAGGAGGAAGAAGACAUGGACUACGACAGAACCGAGAAGGGAAGACUCCGAAAUGACAAUUACCGACAAGUGCGUGAUGACGAAAUGUACACCGAUUCCUGGGAUAGACGGACUCGUGAUAAUCGAGUGUCUGACAGUAGACGUGAUACUGAAAACAGACGAGAUAGAAAUCGAGAACCUAUCGAUCGAAAUCAUCGUCCUGACAAUCAGUUUGACGAAAGGACAGACCGUAGAAAUGAUAAAAGACUUAGGUCGCCUGUUAAGGAAAUGCGCCGAGACAGACAGAAUGACGGACGCUUUGAUGGACAGGAGGACAGGCGCAAGUUGAAACAAAAACAACGAACAUCUGAUCGCGAUAGAAGUGAUCGUGAGUUUGAUAAAGAUGUUGGUAGGGACCGUGAUCAUGAAAGAAAUAGGCGAAGGCACUGAGUUUGAUUUUCCUUGAUUAUCACGACUAUGGUGUGUUCACAGGCUGUCUUGACAUGUGCCCCAGCUGUCAUUCCAUGUUGCAUGCAGCUGGUACAAGGUACAAGUGCUUUGUUGAUUGCUUGAAAUAAAUCAUUCUAUGUGUAUGUAGGAAUAUAUAUGAAAGUGAUUUCUUACCGUGAGGGAGGGAAGAUUGACCACCAAGGCAUCUUGUUUGAUUACUUCCGUUUGUGCCGAUCACGGAUGAUAAUGUGUGAUUUUAAUUUUGCUGAGGUAAAUCUCAGCUUGUAUUAAGGAAGUGCUCAAGUCUGCGAUCGUGGGUUGCAGGAGAGCGAAUGUUGACAGUGUCCUGAAGCCACAUGGGUAGGGAUGGAAGGGCUGGUAUCCCCAUCAUGUGCUCACACCAAAAAAUAAUCAGGUUUCCCCCCUGAAAUGUUCCCUUGGAAUCAUGAACAAUAAAAAUACCAUCCAUCAGACAAAAGUGAUGAUUGUUUGUGCACUUUGUUGAACAUUUAGAAUAUAUUUUUUCCUGGAUGUUUUUCUUUUUAGUAUCUUGCAUUUUAUUUUACAUGUAUGAACCAUCAGGGUGCAUUUGUUACUCAUUUUCAUCUCAUGCGAUGGAGUUUGUACACAUCAUGUACAAAAGUCAGAUUUAUUCAGGGGUUUAUACUUUUGAAAACUCAACUGUGAUUUUGGGUCCAACCAUUAGAUAUUGUUGGUGUUUGGGUCUUGGGAUUUCAAAAGAAGAAAAUUUAUAAAAAUAAAUAAAUAAUUGUGCACUGGACAUGCUAGAUGUUCUUCAAAAAUAGUUUGGCUUCUCCUUUCUGAGUUCCCAGUGAAGAAGUGACCAACACGAUACUCUGUCUUUACAGCCCCCCCCUCCGCCCCAAAAUAUUAAGUGGUUGUGAUGAAGAUAAUGUUGGAAAUAUAUAGUAAGUCCUAUGUAAUUGUCAUCUGAGGAGUUUCUCUACAUGGUUGAUACUGUGCAGUAAGACAGUUGAGAACCUCACUCAUGUUGGAACAUGUUACCAUCUACUGUACCUCUUGUCAUUCAUUGAAUUAGACAUGUUGAUAUUUUUGAGAUCAUGAAAUUGUUCAUUGACAUACAACAAAAGUGGUGUGACUUAUCCAUACCAUAAACAGUUUGAUUAUAUCUAAGGUUUGUUAGACUGAAAAAUGAUUUUUCAACCCCUGGCUUUUAAAAGAUUUAACCACUCUUAGGUUUUGAUCACAUUUUGGUUCCUGGCAGGAUGCACUAUUGUUACAAUCUGAACAGACUUAAAGUUUAUAUAUCCAAGGAUGACAGUUCAAGUUUUCCUUAGUUAUGGUGUGUUUUUUAGUACUUUAGAUCAGUGGUCCCAGUAUGGCGUUCCCAGGCUAGUGUUCCCAGACUGCUGUACAAAGACAGGUGUUCCCAGCAUGGUGUUCCCAGCAUGGUGUUCCCAGAAUAAUGUUCCUACUAGAAUGGUGUUCACAGCUUGGUGUUCACAGCUCGGUGUACACAGCUAAGUGUAUACAGACUGGCGUUCGCAGCAUGGUGUACACAGAAUGGUGUUCCUAACAUGGUGUUCCCGGCAUGGUGUUCCCAGCAUGGUUUUUCAAGAAUGGUGUUUCCAGACUUGUGUUCCCAGCUUGGUGUACACAGAAUGGUGUUCCCACCAUGAUGUUCCCGGCAUGGUGUUCCCAGCUUGGUUUUUCCAGACUUGUGUUCCCAGCUUGGUGUUCCCAGCAUGGUGUACACAGAAUGGUGUCCACAGACUGGCGUUCACAGCUUCUCAGAACACCUAAGACUAAUCAAGACAUCUUUUCUAAUGAAUUCAGUGUAGACGAUUACUAAUCAGUGAAAGUAAUUAAGUUGAAAUGAAACAGUCCCAAAUUCUGCAUUAAACCCAAGUCACUCACAAAUGAACAAACAAAUUUAUUUCACAUGUCAAGCCUCCUAUCUCCAUCCGGGGGCACGGGUGGCCCAGUCGUCUAAGGCAUCGCGAUUUGAUGUGCAGAGUUGCAUCCCUUGGGCACACCAGAAACCUAUGAUUGUGGGUUCAAAUCCCCUUUCCCCCCGAUAAUGUUUCUAGGUUUGUCAGCACCAUACCCAUGCUAGUGGGUUUCACCAAAGUGGUAAAUGUCUGAGACCUGUAUCACGUCAGGCUUUUCUCCCACGUUAAGCUGACACGCCGUGAUAUAACUGGAAUAAGGUAAAAAGCGGCGUUAAACCCAACUCACUCAUUCAGUCAUCACUCACUCCUAUCUCCAUCCACCUGAGGGGAUUCCAGGUUAGAACGGGUCUCCAGCAAGCUAUUCUGGUCUUCCAGGCGACUUGAUGGAUUGGAUUGUUUGUGGAUGGUAUGGAUUAUUGCUCAUAAUAUCAAUCACUGGAUUGUCUGGUCCAAACUCUUAUUUACAGGCAGCCAUCAUAUAGCUGGAACAUUGCUGAGUGCAGCGUUAAAUAACAAACACACACACUCAUACCUUAAUCGUUCAGUAGAUUCCUGGGCAGUUCUGAAUGCCUACUCAAUGGAUAAGAAGAUGCCACUUUUCAAUCUUACAGAUUAUUUUCAGAUAACAAAUUGUUAAGUGUUCAUUUAAAUUUGUAAUCAGUACUGGUAGUUAUGGUUACUACAUCUAUCGAUAAAUUGAAGCAAUGUCGUGCCAUCAGGUCAUGGACAGUGUAUUGUUUGUUGAAUCAGUUGUUAGAUGUGCACUGUAGGAAACAACACUGUGUCCUGUGGGUAUCAGGACUGUAUUUAGGUAUAACAUUAACUUGUACCUCAACAUUAUACUGAAGCAGGGUUCGUACAGGCUUGCAAAAGGCCUUGAAUUUUAACAUCCCUCAUGAAAUUCCCUGAUUUUUAGUGUCUAACUUGAAAAGCCUGAAAAUCACCAAAAUAGCUUGAAACUCCCUGAAUUUGUAAAAUGGCAUACUUUAUUUAUAAAAGUAUUAAAACACAUGAAAAUAAUAGUUAUGAACCAAGGUUGUUUAAGUGUAAUAAGAUUUGACACUGUGCCUAAGACCUUGAAGAAUUCAUGACAGACUUAAUUUAUUUAUUUCCUGGUAGUGAAAAUCAAUCUUGUUUGAAAUUUGUGAUGUUCACGCUGCUUUUUAAGUCUUACGAUGAAUAUAUGGUAUGCUGGAUUUAAUAACAAUAUUGACAGUUAAACUCACUCACUCACUCACUGAUCAGUGGCAUGGUGUAUGUGAUAAUAAAUUGUACGCAGAUCCAGAAGGGAUGCAUGGGGUGCACUCGCCUCUUUGAAGCAUGGUAACAUUUAUACAAUCAGGGAGUUUUAAUAUGAUCGUGUUUACUAAAGGUAAGCUUACAGAAACAUUGUGACAAACAGGCUUGCUGACUUGGUUGAUGCAUGUCAUUGUAUCCUAUUUGCGUAGAUUUAUGCUCAUGAUGUCUGUCACUAUAUUGUCGGGUCCUGUAUGGUUACAGAUCACUGUAGUAUAGCUGGAAUAUUGUUGAAUGUGGGAUUAAAUAACAUACUUACAUUUGGUGAUUUUUUUUCAUCAACAUUACACAAGAAUGCAAAUUGCUAUGUCCCAAAAUAGCACCUCUUUUAAGAAAAAGCUGUAUCAGCUCUUGUAAAUAAGCAAGUUGUAGAGGUGCUGACAACCGUGAGAUGUAUAUUCCUGAAAAUGUGAUAUUUAGGCAUUAAGUCACAACUUUUCUCAGCAUGUCUUAGUGACUACUGAUCAUUCUGACUAUAUUCAGGUCAGUGCUAUGAAGUUUCUUGGUAAUUUUGUUUUAAGAUAAUGGUGUGAUGACAAUUGAAAACAAGUAAGGACAUUGUUAAUCAUGACCGUGAUAUUUUGUUAAGCAAUUCUUUAUUCUUUAUAUCCCUUAUUUCAGACAGUUUGGUGUAAUUUACUAUCACAAUUACUGGACUUUGUCAGAGUGAGUGAGGAAAUAGAGCUUUGCAAAUGUUCAGCAACAUUUCAGCAAUAUCUUGGUGUAAGUUAUCAAAGCUUGACAAGUCAGUGAUGUGUGGGGGCACUGUUGUGUGUGCCCUUACUGUGCCUGUAGGGGUUCUGGGGGAAAAUUAGAUAAAUACAGCAAGCUUAGAGAAAGUUACAGAAUGGUGUUUGCCCCGAGACUAAAGUGCUCCUUCACUGAUGCACCUGUAGGGGUUCUGGGGGAAAAUUAGAUAAUAACAGCCAGCUAAGAGAAAGUUACAGAAUGGUGUUUGCCCUGAGACUUUGGCAAGAGACAUGACAUUCAUUCACUAGGGUCUGAUGAUCUGGAAUUCAGAGUAGGUUAUUUUAUACAUUGCUCAUUGACAUUCUAAGGUAGAAAUGUUGUAAAACAUGAAUUUCAACCCAACAGAAACUUUACUAAAGGAUGUUUUCAGUCUGUAACCUCAUGAACAAUGGAUGAUGUCAUAGUGCAUUGUUUACUGAAACAAUGUGACUGUCACUUCAACUGACCAAUCAGCAUUGAGACAGACUUUAAAUAUAUCCGAAAGUUAUUGUCCUCUGUUAUGAGUAGUAUUAGGCUGAUUGUAUGUCUUUGUACCAGACUGUGGCAUUGUUUGGUUACUGCCUAUUGUCUACUGAUAUGGUGUACAUCUAUUGCUCAAAAAUUGUCAAUUCGGAUGUGAUAUGUUAUAUGUCACAAUACAUGGGUAAUCGUACAAUGUGUUUCAUGAUACAUGGGUUACCAUACAAUUCCCCACAUGGCUCUGGUUAGAAGGUAUGGAUGACCAGUAGUUGGUGUCUGUGCAGAGUUGAGGCCCUUGUUCAUACGGGAAUCCUAUCAUCUUGGGGUUUGAAUUCCAUCAGUGACAAAUAUUUUCUAGGUUUGUGAGCGCUUUUCCCAUGCUUGUGGGUUUCACUAGAUUGGCAAACCUAGAAGACCUGCAUCUGGCCCUCAAUUGUCAAACAGACAUGCCAUGAUAAGACUGAAGUACUGUUCAAAGUUAAACUCACUCAUCCUGCCUAGGUCUUCAGCAACCCAUGCUUGAAGUAAGAGGCGACUAUGCUUGUCGUAAAAGGCUACUAACGGGAUCCGUUGGUCAGGCUUGCUGACUUGGUUGAUGCAUGUCAUCAUAUCCCAAUUGCGUAGAUUGAUACUCAUGAUGUCAAUCACUGGAUUGUCUGGUCCAGACUCAAUAAUUACGGAAUAUUGCGGAGAGAAGCACUAAACAACAAACAAACAAACAAACACUCAUCAUGGUCCUGAUCAAAUUCCUUUACAACCCAUAGUGAAAUUGCUGUCAUUUUUCUGACUAAAGUAUGAGAUACCAAUCUGUUCUAUGUUAGUCAUGAAAUUAUGUUAGACAUGAAGUAAAUAGUCACUAUUUUGACCCCUGAUUAACUCAUGAUUGACUUGUUUGUGUUCAGACUGAAAAGAAUCAGUGAAUCAAUGUGUGUGCCCAUUGAUGCAGGCUGCAAUGGUUGCACAUCUGACAUUGUAGCCUGGAGAAAAUAGGAGGGAUGUAGUAUAUGUGUUAAACUUGCAGACACUAUGACCACGUGACAGUGAAUCCUAUUAGUGCUAUAGAUGUUGAUAAAAUGGGGACUAUCACCAUCAUUACCAUGUCAAUAGUGUCUUAUGUGAAUCGAAACUUUGUUUCCAUGUAUUUAGAGUACAAACAUGGCAACUUUUGAAAUGCACCAAACAACCUGGCUGGGACUGCAGAGUAGUGUCCCUUUAUUGUAGUUAUUUAUGUUUUUUUCAUUUGUUGUAAACAUUUGUCUGGCAAAUUAUUUUUACUAUAAACUGGUAUUUUCUAUUUCAUAAAAAAAACUAUUGGAGAACAUGAUGUAUAUUUUUCAUAUUUUUUUUAAGAGAAAAGUUUUGGUUCAGUCUUUGAAAAUAUAUAUACAUAUAUAUAAUAUUUUGGGAGGACUGUAUGCAUAAUGUAAUUUCAGUUGUAUGCUUUUCUGCUGAUUUUCAUAUUAUUCAUAUUUAGGGCCCCAAAUGUGUCUUGUACAUUUCACCCAUAUCAUCUUUUGUUCACUUUUCUUAAAAUCAUUUGCACUCCUGAAGUGUUUGAAUUAACAAAGGCCCAGGUUGAAAAUAUGACUUCAUGUGAAUAUUGAUUUUUGAAUAUAUUUUGAUUUGAUGACCUUGUAUUGACAGCCUGUGAACACUUAAAUUUCUGUGAGUAUUUGUUUGAAAUGAAUGAGACAAUUAUUCAGUGGGAAUGUGAGGGAUUUGAUCAUUUUGUAUGUAACCUGCGCCUUUACUCAAAGCAUUCUGUGAGUGUUGACAAUAAAUUGUCAGAUUUGUA